CCCCACCACCCACACCUCGGCACUGGCCUCAGUGGACGACAGAUCCCAAGCUCGCGCUUCCCAAUUGAACUUAUUAUACUCACCGUCCUAACAAGACGGCAUUCUAACCCACAAUGGCGACGCUCUCCGGCGUAGAGCGCAUCCGCGCCAUCACAGACGAGGAUGGCAUGUUCAAGGCCUUUGACACGUACCCCUGGAAGAGGGAUAAGGCGUUCAUGUCCGGUCUGGAAGCGAUACUCGGCGACCCCAAUACCGAGAACCCUCAGGGGUCACCUUCCGACCUCGCCAUCCACGCCCGAGUCUUCUACUACGCCCAGCGCAUCGGCGUCACCAUUGACUUCGCGAGGUACAAGGACUGGCUCGCGAGACGUCCGGGCUACAUGCCUCCCGACAUACUGCCGGAGGAGUACAAGUCAGCGAGUGCACGAGACGCCGCCACCGUUUCCGCGACAGCCGGCAGCAGCGGCGCAGACCCAGCGAGCGAAGUCCCUGACCUGACCUCCAAACUCAACAACCUGAGCACCGGCAAAGACAAAGACGAACCCGCCGCCGACCCCGCCGACCCCGCCGCCCCGGAACCGGCGCCAUCAUGGCAGUCAGCGGCCCCUAAGGCAGAUCUCUACGUCGAACGUAACCCAGCUUCGCAAGCAGACGGGCCAGGCCAAGGAGGCGACGAGCCCGCGUACCCGAUUGGCUUCGCCCAGAUGCUCGAGAUGAUCCAGAAGGGCAUUCCCAUCCCCGGCAUCAGACAGAUCCCGGACACCGUGGUCAGGGACGCAUCUGUCAAACCCUUUGGGAAACGGGCAGCGCCCAGAAAACCUUGGGAGAAGGAUAGCCCGACUGUAGAGUCCUCCUCUGUUGGGGUCAUCGAGAGUCCCUCCGUUGUUGAUCCUGAGUUUCCACCGCUGGACGAAGUGGCGAUACCCGAGGUCGAAGCUGCAAUUAAGGAGACGUGAGCCCGUGAAGAAGUACCUAGAACUUGUCAAGUGAUGCGCGUGGCGUUUGGACACAUAGGGAAAUCUUGGGCUCCGCAAAGGAGAAAGUUCAGGAACCAUAAACUUUUGGGGGAACAUUCUAGGGAAACUACCUAACGACUGAUUGAGGACUGCCACAGAUGCUGUCCAACCGGGAUCAACUCCACACUCCAAAGUAGCUGGAAUGCGGUAUAUACUACAUACAAUCACUAUCGUUGUUUUCUGAUAUUCCAUACUUGCUUGCCUGUCUU